GUUCUUGUACCUGUCCUGGGCUCAUGGCUAUAAAAUGGUGUGAUCUCCGUCCGUGGCAGCAACCAACAGACAAGUCUCUCAACUGAUCUAGCAACAGAGCUGGGUCUGAGAAAUAUGGCUGCUGACUGCGGAAGCAGGGAGGAGAUGUGGAGCCUGGCCGGCGCCACCGCGCUCGUCACCGGCGGCACCAAAGGGAUAGGACAUGCCAUCGUGGAGGAGCUUGCUAGGUUUGGUGCGAGGGUGCAUACCUGCUCCCGGAACGCGGCGGAGCUGGAGGAGUGCCGUCGGCGGUGGGAGGAGAAGAACCUCCAGGUCACCGUCUCUGUCUGCGAUGUGUCCAUACGUGCUGAUAGGGAGAAGCUUAUGGAGACGGUCUGUCAAACCUUCGACUCUAAGCUCGACAUGCUAGUGAACAAUGCGGCACAAUUGUUCUACAAGCCCACUGUUGGAUGUACAUCGGAGGAAUACUCGAAUCUGAUGACCACCAACUUGGAGUCGACCUUCCAUCUCAGCCAACUCGCACACCCUCUUCUCCUGCACGCUUCUAUUGUUGGAGGAGGCAGCAUCAUAAACAUGUCUUCUAUUGGAGGCUCAAUCGGCUUUGCAGGCUACACAAUUUAUGCUACCACAAAAGGUGCAAUGCACCAGCUUACGAGGAGUUUGGCCACCGAAUGGGGGCCCGACAAGAUUCGCGUGAAUGCCAUCGCUCCUGGUUUUAUCACAACCGGUAUGAUUAAAGAUAUUGAUGCCGAGUUUAUGAAGCAACAGCACUUGAAGACCCCGUUGGGACGGAGCGGCAAGCCGGUGGAGAUCGCCACGGCAGUGUCAUUCCUAUGCAUGCCCGCAGCUUCUUUUAUCACCGGCCAAAUCAUUUGCAUCGAUGGUGGUCGAACCAUUAGUUCUUAACUAUCAAUUCCCCGGAUUCAGGGCCGCUUCAUAAGGUCUUGAUUACUUGGAAAAUACAUGCCUAUGAAAGUGGAGCAAAAGAUAAAUAAAAAGUAAGUAAAUUAUGCCUUCGGUAA